AUGGCGCCCGCGCCGCCCCUCCACGCCUCCCGGGCGGAGCCGCGCGUCCCGGCCGGGGCUGCUGCCAUGGCUGCUGCGGAGGACUCCAGCGCCCUGCCCUGGUCCAUCAACAAGGAUGACUACGAGCUGCAGGAGGUGAUCGGCAGCGGGGCAACGGCAGUGGUGCAGGCGGCCUAUUGCAGCCCGAAGAAGGAGAAGGUGGCGAUUAAGCGGAUCAACCUCGAAAAAUGUCAGACCAGCAUGGAUGAACUUCUGAAAGAAAUCCAAGCAAUGAGUCAGUGCCAUCAUCCGAACAUCGUAUCUUAUUAUACGUCGUUUGUAGUGAAAGAUGAACUUUGGUUAGUGAUGAAGCUCCUUAGUGGAGGGUCAGUUCUGGAUGUUAUUAAGCACAUUGUGGCGAAAGGAGAACACAAGAGUGGAGUAUUGGAUGAAGCGACGAUAGCCACCAUCCUGAAAGAGGUGUUGGAAGGGCUAGAAUACCUACAUAAAAAUGGACAAAUCCACAGGGACGUGAAAGCCGGAAACAUUCUUCUGGGAGAAGAUGGCUCAGUCCAGAUCGCAGACUUUGGCGUUAGCGCUUUUUUAGCUACCGGUGGCGAUAUUACCCGAAACAAAGUGAGAAAAACCUUUGUGGGCACACCUUGCUGGAUGGCACCUGAAGUUAUGGAGCAGGUGAGAGGCUACGAUUUCAAGGCAGACAUCUGGAGUUUCGGAAUCACCGCGAUCGAGCUCGCUACGGGGGCAGCGCCUUACCACAAAUACCCGCCCAUGAAGGUCUUAAUGUUGACGCUACAAAAUGACCCCCCCUCGCUCGAGACGGGGGUGCAGGACAAGGAGAUGCUGAAGAAGUACGGGAAGUCCUUCCGGAAGAUGAUUUCGUUGUGCCUGCAGAAAGAUCCGGAGAAAAGGCCCACAGCAGCUGAACUCCUAAGACACAAGUUUUUCCAGAAAGCAAAGAACAAAGAGUUUUUGCAAGAAAAAAUGUUGCAGAGGGCCCCGACAAUCACUGAAAGAGCCAAGAAGGUCCGGAGAGUCCCGGGUUCCAGCGGGCGUCUACACAAGACAGAGGACGGCGGCUGGGAGUGGAGUGACGACGAAUUUGAUGAAGAAAGCGAAGAGGGCAGAGCGGCGAUCUCACAGCUCAGGUCUCCCAGGGUUAAAGAAUCUUCUCAGAAUUCAGAGCUCUUUCCGUCGGCCGAGCCCACCGGCCCCUUGCUCCACGUCCCCGCCCAGCCUCCUGCUCAACUACCUCAGCCCACCGGACAAGCUCCUGCACAGCCGCUUCCCACGGCCCCCCCUCCUGCUCCUCAGGCAUCUGCCGCAGCUCCUCCAGCAGCGCAGGCACCUUCUGCCCCUGCAGCAGCCACCCCCGCACAAGAAGAGACGAAAGUUCCCAUUAGCCUCGUUCUGAGAUUAAGGAAUUCGAAGAAAGAGCUCAACGACAUUCGGUUUGAAUUCACCCCUGGGAGAGAUACUGCCGAUGGGGUAUCCCAAGAACUCAUAUCGGCUGGGCUCGUGGACGGCAGAGACUUAGUAAUAGUUGCCGCCAACUUACAAAAAAUCGUGGAAGAGCCCCAGACGAACCGGUCUGUCACUUUCAAACUGGCCUCUGGCGUCGAAGGCUCGGAUAUCCCCGAUGACAGCAAACUCAUCGGCUUCGCCCAACUCAGCAUCAACUAAGAUGACACUCCCAAAUGAUGGUCCCUGCGGGUGCAGCUUUUGAACGCUUCUCUCGGCCUAAAAGCAAAACCACUACUGCCAAAGAACCAAACUUCAGGCCCCUUUCUCGGGAGCGUUGACCUUCCUUCUUUCCUGAGUAGCAUCACGCCCGUCUCCCGGCGUCGCCGCCCCUCCCAGCCCCCACCAUUAGAGACAGUCGACUCGUCACCCACACUCGCAUUCACGUCUCACAUUUCCUUCCUCUCCGGGUGCAGACUCCAUCCCCUCCGUUGCCUGCAUGUUUGUCCUUCAUGAUUGCCUUAACUAUUUAAGAAAAAAGAAAAUACUACUGAGAGUACGAAACAGAGGGGGGUUCCUCUCACUCUUCACAACUCUUCCGCUUGCGUGUUCGUUCUCCGUGUUUGUUCGUUUUGUACUGUGUGUUGACUUCGGCUACCUCGUUUUGUGCCACCGCGAGGGGAGAGGGCUUGUUCAGGCCCACCCGAAAUCACAUGGGGUGGAAAAGCCUAGCAAGCCGGCGGCCGAGACGUUAGGGAUCAAUCUAGCAAAAGGCUUAGAAAAGAAGAGAGCUUUAGCCUGAUGGACCCUUUUGAAUGGAUUUAGAGGCAAAAGAGAAAAUUUAGGCAAAAGAGAAAAAAAGAAUCCCCCAGGGUGAGCCUCGACCCCCUCUGCUGUCUUUGCAUAACAGAAAGAAUCCUUGCGGGCCAAUUCUUGGGCAAAUUGUCAUUUUUUUUCUUGCUUUGUGAUUUGGGAAGCCCCUCUCUUUGGGCAGCUUGUCCACGUGCUUCUAGACCCCCUCGCGGGGCUCUGAUUGAUAGUAAGGCUCCGACAUCGGAAGUCGCACCGCAUCUCCCUGUAGCCAGAAGACUGCCGAGAAGUGGGCGGGUGUGCAGGCGACAGCUGAGGUGCAUACCACUUCCUCGGUUUUUUAAACCAAAACGAAGAACCGUGAUGGAAUUAACGAAAACAAAAUACAAAUCGGUCAAAAAAAAACCUUACUUAAAUGCAAACUUUCAAAAUAGCGAUCGUCGCAAUACAAUUUAACAGUUAUUACACAAGGGUGAAUACGUUUAGUCCUUUGCAGCAAAAUGCAUCUAAGCACCAAAAUUCAUAUAGUAAGUUACUUAAUUAACUAAAGUGCUCAGUGCAACAAAGUGCCUAUGCAGUAUUUUGCAAAAGAGUUUGGGUGUUUUCGCACUUACCUUACGCGGGAGCAACGUCCCUCUAAACCGCGCAGCGUCUGCGCGGAUUUCGCACUAAUUGCUCCGCAGAACCUGGAAGAGCCGCAAAGUCCCAUGGCUUUUGCGUCGCAAAUGUAAACCGCCAAAAACCAGUUUACAUUUGCGACGCAAAAGCCGCAGUGCGAAAUCCGCGCAAACGCUGUGCGGUGAAGAGGGACAUCGCUCCGGCGUAAGGUAAGUGCGAAAACGCUUUUUCUUUUCUGAAGACUCCUCGACGUCCCUCUCGGAUUCCAUCACUGUUCUUUGUUUUGGUUUCAGUCUUCCCGUGAUUCUCCCGUUGUACGAUACUUUCUAGGUGUUUGGCAGUCAAGUCCUCCAGGGAGGGAGGUGCAAAAAAGAGGCAGGAGGUCACUUCCAAAGGGGCGUUUUUGAAUCACCUCUUUGCAGUCCAUUUAACCAGUGCCUGCUUUUCUCACCUGGGAUUGUUUUUUGCACUGACGGGCUUCCCGUGUAGAAAGGUGCCGGAAGGUGGAGAAAGGGUGACUUGGCCACCAGUGUUCCUGAUAACGGAAGCAUUCUCUGAGACCAGCAUUUCCAUUCCAGGGAUUUUGAAGUUUUGGCGUUCGUGUUCCCGUUCCAUCCACUUAAGACCUUUUCACGGGAACCAUCCCCGUGAUAUACUUUAAAACACCUUUUUGAUGCUUAGCUUUUCUUCCUUUUGUUUGCUGUGCAUCUUAACACUAGAACCCUGGGAACUGUAGUUCUGUAAAGGAGCUAGGAAGCUCUGACUCCCCUGUCUCCCUAGCGGACUACAGCUCCCGGAAUUUGUCGGGCAGGGUACAGUUGGGCUGUCUGUGACAACGUGAGGGGAUCCCUUAAGAAGUGGCUUAUGGAGUCGGGUCUCGCUAAUCUCGAGCAAGGUUGUUAUUUGGCGUGAUUUAACUUCGUAGAGUAGGGACACCGAUAAGAGCAUAGUGAUUUAUCGAAUGGGGUAUUCACCAAAACGUGAAUGUUCUAAACGAAAGCUGAUCAUGCUGACGGGCAACAGGAAGUGAUUUAUGUGUGUGAUUGUGUGUGUGUGUGUUUCCGUUUCUUUCAAGGCAAGUUCUUUUCCCGUGGCUGCUCUCCUGGCAAUUUCAACACAAAACAUACUCGCUCGUCCUCUUUCCGUGCAGAUCGGUACAUAUGGAACCACCCCUGUUCUGUUUUACAGCAAUAAAAAUAAAAUAUUGCCGGUAGAGUCAUACCUGGCGAGAUUAAGCUCUGGACAGUGUCGUCCCUCGUGCUGCACUAAUUGCUUGGGAUUUGCAAUCUUUUUUUUUGUUUCUUUUAUACUCUCCGCCGAAGCAUCAGAGUUUAAUCCAGACGAUGUAACUGAAACCAAUAUUACUCGUGUUUAGUAUUUUUUAAAGCAAACAACAACAGCAACAAAAAAGAGUAUGUGGUGUGUUUUCUUCUUUUUUGAAUUUCUACUUAUAAAUUAUACCUUUUCGUUUGGGGGGGGGGGGGGAGAGAGAAAUAAUUGUAAUGCAAUAUGUGAAUAAAAAUUGUGUUUGAUUCCUUUUUCCCUCCCCUACAGUUUUUUCCAUCCCACAGUGGGCCUUUUUGUGUCUCUCUCUCCUUGGCUUCGAUGCAUUUUAUACAAACGGAAAAGUCGACCUGUGACUUUUUUUGCAUAACUAACGAAUGGAUUUGGGUUUUCAGUUCUGCCUUCAGUUGCGCACGGAGCUCAUGUAAGCAGAAGAGAUCACAAACUGCCCUCACAGGGGCCCCCUCUCUCCAGUGUGAAUUUCCUCCUCCUCUUUUUAUCCACCUUCCCCUCCGUUGUGUCCUGCCAUUUGCAGCAAAUUUUGCUUUUGGAGCUGAUUAGAAAACCCCAAUUUAAGAAACUCCCUUGCUUACUCUUAUCCACGGAGAAGCAUUUGCGUAGAUGCUCGUGGAAACCUCGCACGAGACCAGGGAAAGGAGAAGUCACACUGGAGGGGGAACCAAGCGCCACAGGCUUGAAGCUUUACAUCGGAUGGCUUCACGAAACGAUCGGCCACCUCGUGUGCAUGAGCGCGGUCCCCUUUAGGCAUGGGAAAAAACAGGGAAACUGCGAUUCUGUAGGGGAUCUUUAUUUUCGAAGGCUUCUAAAACAUAUAUAUUUAUAUAUUUUUCUGUGUGGAUGAUCAUGGAAGCUUCAUGGGGUUCCCUCCUCCCCUCCCGUGGGCCUGGUUUUCAUGAUAUUUUGAGCCUGUAGGUUUAAUAUCGGCUCGAUCCUCUGACAGGUCACGAUCAGAGGUGCUGCAACGUAGAGAUGAAGGGAAUAAAGGGAAGGGGAACAACUCUGGUAGAAGAGAGAUCGGUUAGGUGGUGGCAGGAAAACGCCUGACCCCCCAAUAGGGCUUCUCUUUGGAUCUGAUGUCCCUGGGGUGGAAUUCUAGCAGGAGCUCCUUUGCAUAUUAGGCCACAUCCCCUGAUGUAGCCAAUCCUCUGAGAGCUUACCAGGCUCUUUUUUGUAAGCUCAUCAGGGGUGUGUGGCUUAAUACGCAAAGGAGCUCUUGCUAGAAUUCCACCCCGGGUCCCUCUUGGAAAGUUUAGCCUUCCCAGCCCCUCCUGGAGCACCAGAUUUUUCUUCGUAUGUGCUGGGUUUUGCAAGAGAGCAGAUUGCCGCCUGUCCAUUCACGAAAGCCCGUGAGUAGAAUCUAGAUUUUUUUUUCCCUCAAAAGAAAACUUAAAAGAGGGAGGGAUAGCCACAAAACAGUCUUUGAGCAACUUUUUUUGGGGGGUGGGAGCGGUUCCCAAAGACUCCCGAAAGAUCAGGGUGUGGAACCCUUCCUUGCAUUUUUGGUUGGCCUGGGUCCCCUCGAAUUCACAUCGUUACAGUGGGUGGUGCUUGCCUCAAGUCCCACCCUGUUGUGUGAUGAUGCGGGAGAAGUAGGUGGAGAAUAUUGAGGAAAUGGUUGCAGCCCUUAAAAGACGAGAGAGACCAGGUUUGCCCCUGGAGUGGUCGGGGGCAGCUGGGAAAUUUAUCAUUACUCCUUUCUCACCUUGUGCAAUUUUCCUGCCCCGUUUUUAACCCCGGAGACCAAAAUUCUUCUGGUACAGUAUUACUUAUCUUUUUGCCAUACGUUUUAUUCCUCGCUGGAGUACAAAACUGAUCCAGUGAAAUGAAGCAGUAUCUAUUUAUUUAUUCCCAUCUCUGCCUAAACCAGGUCUAGAGUAUCCACACUGUUUUAAGUUCCCUUAAAAAAAAAAUGGUAUACCAACCCUCAGCUAUUGUUGCUAUUAGAUUUCUAGGAUCAUGUUUCUUGGUAGUUAUGAUCUUUAAUUUUUUUUUUCCAUUUUGGGAUACUAAAAAUGCUAGCUUAACUAUUUUUUGUUCUUGAGUUUCAGAAGUGCCAAUGAUUUUGUUUUGUAAGAAAUCAUUUCUAACAUUUUUAUCCUUAUGGGUCAGAGAGUUGUUUUUGUUCUUUUUUAAAAAAAAUUUGGGUAAAUUCUAAACUUGAACCUAGAAAUCAGUCGGGGUUGUUUUGUCCCCCCCCCCCUCAUUUUGGACGACGUAGUCGACACUCUAAGGAUGAUGGUGUGUUAAUAUUACAAGAUCUUCUACACAAUUUUGGUGUACUGUAGAUUUUAACGAGAGAUGUAAAAUAUUCAGCCUUUUUUUUCCCUUUUGACUUUGUAUUUUACUGCAUGUAUUUCUCUAAUUUUUAAUCAAUAAAAAAAAAACAAAUUGUCCAUUGCCA